UUGCGAAAAAUUGGUCAAGUGUGGAUAAGAAUUAUGCGAAACACUGUUUCCAAAGUCCCAACGAGUUUAAUUUAGUAGUUCGAAAGCGCGGUGCUAUGGGCAAUGAGCAGUCCCAGCUAAAGGGAGUAGAAAUCAAUAAGAAGGCGAUCCAAGUGACCGACUACUGGUCGGUGUACAAUGGGGAGCUUCCGAAUACGAACGGAACCGUCGGCAACAUAUCGAUCUUCCAGGGCGAAACACUGGUCUCGGGACAGUUUUGGACGAACCAAAACCCGCUCGAGCGCGCGAUAAAAAAUCUUAAGAUCUAUCGACAUCCUUCGAUCCUCCGGUACCACGCGUCAUGGAGCAAAGGUUCCCUGAUGAUGCUGGGCACCGAGCGGUGCCGUCCGCUGGUGAAGUGUUUGAGCGUCACGAGCGACGUACAGAUCUGUCUCGGCCUGCGGAACGUUCUCUGUGCGCUCAUUUUCCUGCUCGAGCAGGCUAGCGUGCGUCAUCUGAGCAUCAGCAUGUUGGCCAUCUACGUCACGGACGACGGUGCUUGGCGGUUGUCCGGGUUCGAGCAUCUCUGGCGGACCAAUGAUUUCAAUCAGACGCUGUUGGAGAAGUCACAACCGUAUCGCUACCCGAAAUCAAUAGACCCGGCCGAACUCAGCAACAAAGGCCUCGCACUCGAGCAGUACGCAUUCGGUGUGAUGUGCGAAGAGAUUUUGCACAACAAAACUGACGCCAACAUUCCGUCGGUCGAGGACUUUAAGGCGUACUGUGGCACGCACCUAAAGCACGCCAAUCCAGCCAUGCGCCCCAACCUGUCGGCGGUGCUACUGCAUCCGAUCUUCAACCAUGACUUCAUACUAAUACAUUCCUUCCUGACCGAGCUGCCCCUGAAAAGCCCUCAGGCGAAGCAAGAGUUCUUUAUCAGUCUAGCCGAUCGGCUGCGUUUAUUCGACCCGGAAACGGUGGCCGAACAGAUGGGCUCGUUACUCCUGUCGCGCAUCGUGCUACUCGAUACGACGGCUCAGCUGUGUUUGACCCCGUACGUGCUGCGCCCGAAGAGCGAUGACCUCUCACCGGCCCUCUUCACGCCCAAACUAUUUUCGGCCUACAUGCUACCCCGAGUGCGCCAGGUAUUCUGUGUGCAGGAUGCGCAGAUCCGCCUCACUCUGCUGGAAUACUUUCCGGCUUACGUAGAAUUUUUCGCCAAGGAAGACCUCCGAGACCACAUUCUACCUCAGCUUUUGCUUGGGAUAAAGGACACGAACGAUGUUCUGGUGGCGAAGACAUUGCUCUGCCUGGCCGAUCUCGUGCCCAUUCUCGGUUCGGCAGUAGUGAUCGGUGGCCAUCGAAGUAAAAUAUUUGCCGACGGACGACCGCAGGGUAUACCGGACGUGGGAAAUGCUUGGAGUGCCGUGCGCUCCAUUACGCCUGUGAUUGGAUCGGGUGAAUUUCUCUCCGGUAGUCCGGUGCCGGAUACCGGCGCUGACACUAAUGCAUCGUUUGCAUCGGUAAUGAUGAACCAAAGCAGUUUCAAUCUGGUACUGCCGGAACGGUUAUCGCCCGAAGGGGAAGACAUCUAUCAGACUAACUCAGACGUGGAGCUGCAGGUGGACGAGUGGAGUGACUGGGAGAAUGAUACCGCCGAACAGCGAGUUCAGGGACAGACUGCCAGAAGUGAACCCGUGGCAACGGUGGAUCGCGACCAACCGUUAGAUCAAGGUGACUCUACUCAGCAGCAGGGAACCGGAGCAGCAUCGAACGAUUCGUCUUCGGCGGCCACUGUUACGGGAGCGAGCAGCGAGCGGUUUGACAUCAAAGUGCAGCCCUCAACGAAAAAGGGUGACCCGGGAGAAGAGUUCGAUUUUUUCAAAGACAUGGAACCAGUCAUACAGAAAGCGAACGUGUUGCUAAUCGCCGAGGACGAGUCCGUUGGCAACUUUACGGCCCACGAGAGUAGGGAAGCUGCCGGAGAGAGACUAAACCCGCCCGACGAGAACCGAAACGAACCAAGGCAGGAAACGCAGCGGCUGAAGGGGAUUGGCAAUGAUAAGGAAGAGGAAGUGCCGCUGGUUAGCAGCAGCCGCCUGGAGAUCAAGGUGGAUGAGAUGGAAGCGACCGAAGAUGGAUGGGGUGACGAGGGCAAUGAAGAUUGGUGAAGCGAUCAUCCAGCACGUAUCUACGUCCGCACUACCACUGUGUACGAUGCUUAAGGAUUUGUUUUUUAUCGGAUCUAUAGCUAAGUAAUAAAUAUAUGUUUAUA